GAUCCCCCGUGUAAGAGUGAGGUGGAGGAGGACAUUCCAGGAGAUGUCACCACAGAAAGUCUCUGUAAGAGUUCUGAGGGAAACUUCAUGUUAUCAUUAAAUUAUAAAGCAGAAGAUGAAGACAUCAUGGAUCACUCUUCAGGAGAAAACCUCAUUAUACUUAAUAUGCAUCCAGGACUUCACAGUACAGCUUUAUCAUAUUAUCCCACUAAUCUUGAGGAACCUUCUCCUUUCCAAUCAGAGAUUGUUACCACAAGUACAGAUCAGAAAGGGUGUGAAAUCUCAGGUCUUUCUACAAACAGAAGAAAUCACACAGUAGAGAAACCAUACUCCUGUUCAGAAUGUGGAAAAUGUUUUAAAGAUAAAUCACAUCUUGUUAUACAUGAGAGAAGUCACACAGGAGAGAAACCAUAUUCAUGUUCAGAAUGUGGAAAAUGUUUUACAGAUAAAUCACAUCUUGUUAGACAUAAGAGACGUCAUACAGGAGAGAAGCUACAUUCAUGUUCAGUAUGUGGAAAAUGUUUUGCAGAUAAAUCACAUCUUGCUACACAUGAGAGAAUUCACACAGGAGAGAAGCCAUUUUCAUGUUCAGAAUGUGGACAAUAUUUUACACAAAAAGCAAGUCUUUUUAAACAUCAAAGAUAUCACACAGGAGAAAAGCCAUUUUCAUGUUCAGAAUGUGGGAAAUGUUUUGCACAAAAAUACAAUCUUGUUGAACAUCAGAGAAUUCACACAGGGGAGAAGCUGUAUUCAUGUUCAGAAUGUGGGAAAUUGUUUACACAAAAAUCAAGUCUUGUUAGACAUCAAAGAUGUCACACAGGUGAAAGGCCAUACUCAUGUUCAGAAUGUGGAAAUUGUUUUAUAUAUAAAUCACAACUUAUUAUACAUGAGAGAAGUCACACAGGAGAGAAGCCAUACUCAUGUUCAGAAUGUGGGAAAUGUUUUAGACAAAAAUCAGAUCGUGUUAUACAUGAGAGAAUUCACACAGGAGAGAAACCAUAUUCUUGUUUAGAAUGUAAGAAAUAUUUUACACAGAAAUCACAUUUUAUUAGACAUCAGAGAUUUCACGCAGGAGACAAGCCAUAUUCAUGCUCAGAAUGUGGAAAAUGUUUUAUAUAUAAAUCAUAUCUUGUUAUACAUGAGAGAAUUCACACAGGAGAGAAGCCUUAUUCAUGUUCAGAAUGUGGAAAAUGUUUUACAGAUAACUCACAUUUUCUUAGACAUCAGAGAUUUCACAAAGGAGAGAAGCCAUAUUCAUGUUUAGAAUGUGGGAAAUGUUUUAGAGAAAAAUCAGAUCUUAUUACACAUGAGAGAGGUCACACAAGAGAGAUGCUAUUUUCAUGUUCAGAAUGUGAGAAAUGUUUUACACGGAAAUCACAUCUUGUUAAACAUCAGAGAUUUCACAAAGGGGAGACGCCAUAAUAAUAUUCAAAAUGUAGGAAAUAUUUUAGAGGAAAUUCAUAUCUUGUUACACAUGAUAGGUCAUACAGCCAGACAAGCCAUAUUGAUGUUCAGAAUGGAGAAGCGCUUUUCAGAUAAAUCAAAACUUGCUAAAUAUCAUAGAUUUUACAAAGGAGAGAAACCCUUUUCACAUUUUUUUAUUAGGUUUAGAGAUGAGCAAAUGUAAAAAUAAUUUGGGCUCUGAUCUGUCCAUGCAGUUAUAUUCAGGUCCAAAUAAAUUGUACCCUGGAAAAGCCUCCUCCUUUUUGGUGUCCCUUUAUAUUCCUUGAUUGUCCCAAAUUGCAUCGCACAAUAAUCAAAUUCUGUAGAAUCUGAAUUUUUGCUAAAAUUCUAGACAUACUUCUGAAUUUUAGAAUUUAUUUGCCCAUCCCUAAUUGGGUUGUUAAUGGAGCCAAUAAGAGGGUUUAUUUUUUGGGUGGAAUUAGCCCAGAUCUUCCAGACGACCAAAUUAUGUUCCUUUAAGGUCAACUAUGAGUAAGAUCCAUGGAAGAAAAAUAUUGUGUACAAUUGUAUAACUAGAACUGACUGUGCCCCUCAGCAAAUUUUGGAAUCCUCCUCCUCCCCAGCAAUCUCCUUUUCCUCUGCAACCCUGACUUCUCUCUCAGACCAGGCCCGGCAGCCGCUCUGUCCAUGUCCUACAAGUAUAUACUUUAUGUCAUGUCACUGUAUAUAAUGUCAUGGUAUAAUACUGUUGAGGGGGCCCUAACAAAAUCAUUUAGUCCCCCACCUGGGUGGGCCCCAUAGCAGCCACUUUCCCUGCUUCCACUAUAGCUAUGCCCCUGAUUGUGAAUAUAAGGAAGAGAAGAAGAGCCUUGUUUACUUCCAGAGCAGUGAAGAUGAAUUGUCCUCAUGAACCUUUCUUCUUAUCACUGUAUUCAUACCUCCACCCACACUACUGGAGAAACCAGAGUGAUAUGGG